CUACUUAAUCUGUGAGGCCCACUGCAGAAUGAAAAUGCAGAGCUCCAUGCCCAGAGCGGCGCAGGACACUAGGGAGGCUGAUGCAGUCGCUCACGUGAGAGGCCAAGGGAACUCAGGCCAGGCGACAGCAUCAGGAGAAGUGGACAAAGCGGGACCAGCCUGAGGCAGCGCCCGCGGGACCUGCUGAUGGACUGGUGCGGGGCCGAUGGGCGAAGUAGGAGGGCGACGCUUCCGCGUGUGGCCCGGGCACCGCACGAAUGACAGAUGCAUCUUCCCCGAGGCGAGGGGGCGCGAGGAAGCGUUUCCUUGCUGGGGGCCGGGAGCACAGCUCCUGCGCACCUCGUAGGUUUGCGCUGUCAGGUGCGCGACGGGGUGCGCGCGAACAAGGUCAGCCGUGUUCCCGGCGCAGGAAGGAGGCCGCGGUGGCUGGAGGUCCUGAGCGGGAGGGAGGAGGGCGCCCGGCGGCAAGUCCCGGGUCAGCCACGCCCGCAGCACUCCUGGGGGAGUCACGUCCGUUUAACGAACGGGGAGGAGGGCGACGGCUCCGGCGCGCCCGGCUUGUGUGAGCCGUCCUCAGGCGCAGAGCUCCGGCCCCUCUUAGGACCUCUUCCUGCUCUGAACACCGACUCUUCCCGUUUCCGAGAUGGGGAAACUGAGGCAGCUGCCCUGUCCGAUGGGGGCACGCCAGCGACGUGUGGCCGGCAGCACCUUCUCCCGCUUCACGCAGGGGGGCCGCUGAGGCCAGACGCCGGGCGCCAGGCUCACGGCGGAGGAGCCGACCCCGGGCGCGCGGGUCCCAGCGCGCGCCCACCUUGGACCCCGUCAGCGCCGCCCGAACGGAGUCGGGGACGAAACGCGCAGGAAGACACACUCGCAGGCCUGACGGGCGCGGAGCUCUGGCGCGGCCGCUCCUUCUCGCCUGCCCAGCCCGACGGCCCGCUGAUUUCCCUUCCCGAGCGCCCGCCGGCGUCCAACUUCCACCUGGCUCAGGACGCCGCCGCCAUGACCCCUCCUUCUCCCCGCCUCGGCCUCCCCCGUCGGCACGUCUGCGCAUGCCCGCGUCCGCGUGCGAGCCAAUGGGAAGCCCUGCAGGCAUUCUGGGAAGUGUAGUUCAAAGCCUGGCGCGCCGAGAGGCCUUGUUUGUCUGGGCUAAUAGGCCGCUGGCCGUGCUCGAUGCACCUUGGAAAGUGUAGUUCAGAACCAUUCGGAGAUGGGCGUGAGAGAGUCGUCACGGCGAGCGGCCAAUGGGAAGCGUCCUUUUGCCGCGAUGCUUCCUGGGAAAUGUAGUUCUAGGCGCUGCCGUCCCUGCGGGGCCCACGACCCCCAUGGAGGUCCCGUCUCCCCAGCCCGUGAAGCAGGAAGGCCCGUCGGCCGAGGGCCUGACCCUGGACUCGCCCUGGCACCGCUUUCGGCACUUCCACCUGGGCGACGCGCCGGGCCCCCGCGAGGCGCUGGGCCUGCUGCGUGCCCUGUGUCGCCAGUGGCUGCGGCCCGAGCUGCACACCAAGGAGCAGAUGCUGGAGCUGCUGGUGCUGGAGCAGUUCCUGAGCGCCCUCCCCGCCGACAUCCAGGCCUGGGUGUGCAGCCGGCGGCCCCGAAGCGGGGAGGACGCUGUGGCCCUGCUGGAGGAGCUCUGGGGACCAGCAGUGAGGGCACCUCAGGAUGUGACAGAAGGCUCCGGGGUGACCGUUGGAAAGGAUGAUGUUGGGAUGAUGCCCUUAGGAGAUGCGGCCCCCGGGGCUGAGGUGCUGGCGACGGGGGACGCCCAGGCCACGCGCCCCUACAAGCAGGAGCCGGGCAGCCCUCCCCCGGCCCCCGCGGCGCCGCCUGCGCCCGGCCUGCCCGCCUUCCUGGCGGCGGCGGCCCCGGGCACCACCUCCUGCCCCGAGUGCGGCAAGGCGGCCCUGAAGCCCGCGCACCUGCUGCGCCCCCGGCAGAGCCACGCGGGCGAGAAGCCGCACGCCUGCCCCGAGUGCGGCAAGGCCUUCCGGCGCAAGGAGCACCUGCGGCGCCACCGCGGCACGCACCCCGGCGGCCCCGGGCCGGCGCUGCGCCCGCUGCCCGCGCGCGAGAAGCCGCACGCCUGCUGCGAGUGCGGCAAGACCUUCUACUGGCGCGAGCACCUGGUGCGCCACCGCAAGACGCACUCGGGGGCGCGGCCGUUCGCCUGCUGGCAGUGCGGCAAGGGCUUCGGGCGCCGCGAGCACGUGCUGCGCCACCAGCGCAUCCACGGCCGGGCUGCGGGCGGCGCGGGCGCGGCGGCGGGGCCCGGCGGCGGGGGCGCCUUCCCGGCCUGGCCGCUGGGGUAGCCGCCGCCGCGCCCGCGCCGCCCGGCCCGCCCGGCCCGCCCGGCCCGCGGCCCUCCUCCUCCAGCGCCGGCUCCUGAGUCGGAACCCUGCUGUUUCCUCUGCCCUUUCCGUCCGGGCCACGCUUCCCUCUUCGGUUCUCACGGCUCCCGGGCCUUCCCACUCCGAGCAGGUGCGUCCACGAGCCGCGCCCCCCUUCCCUGUCCACCUGCCGGAGGCCCCGGACGCAGCGAGGCGGGCCUGGUGCCCAGGAGCGGAGCGCAGGGCAGGGGCGCCAGGCGGGCCCUGGAUCCAGAGGAGGCUGAAGGAAGGAGAC